AUGAACGAUACUCAAGAUACUCUUGGACCAGGUCUGCACAAUUUAUUCUAUCUUGUACCAUCUCAAGUUCCUGCUUGCAUAAUGGGCCAAUUUUUGACCCCAGAAAUUUAUACCACGUUGACCCUAAGUCAAGCACAAACUAUUGCGACGUUUAUCCUAGGCGCUGCUGGUUUUGGAUGGUUCUUUUUCUUAUCAAAUGCUGUAAAACUUAAGGCAUCAAGUUACUUUAAUAAUGAUAAGAUGAUACCGAUUUUGGAAACUAUAGUGCCAACCAGCAUGAAGGUUGCUGUUAAAAUACUACAUAGAACACCAAUAGCAUUUAUGGUUGCAUUAGGUCCAGUACUCACAAGUUUUGAAGGUGUUAUUGUUCUACAUACUAUAGGCUAUGUCGAAUCAUGCGGUACAGCUAUUGCAAAAGCACAAGCACAAAUAACGAAUGAAAUUCAUAGAGCAGCGUAUUGGUUCUCUGCCGAAAUAGAGGCAAUGAUGGAUAAAUGA